AUGACGAUGACCUCGGAAGGCCCCGUCAGCUUUGGGCCCUAUGAGGUGACCAAGCAGGUCUUCCUCACAACACCGCUUUCCUUCGCCCUCGUCAACCUCAAGCCCCUCAUCCCCGGCCACGUCCUCGUCUGCCCCCGCACCGCCCACGAGCGUCUCACGGACCUGUCCCCUGGCGAGACGGCCGAUCUCUUCGCCACCGUGCAGCUCACGCAGCGCCUCCUCGCGCGCACCUACUUUGGCGACGCCGGCGCCGCCGCAAAGAGCAAAGAGCCCCCCUCCUCCUCGUCCGGCAGCAGCGAUGAACCCGCGCGGCCGGCGGGCAGCUUCACUGUGGCGGUGCAGGACGGCCCGGAGGCCGGGCAGACGGUGCCGCACGUGCACGUGCACGUCAUUCCGCGGACGAGGGACGACCUGGGCGAGGGGGCUGCCGGCGACGACGUUUACGUGCGGCUGGCGGCCGAGGCGGGCAAUGUUGGUGGCGCGCUAGCCGUGAGGACGCCGGAGCAGAUGCACGACGAGGCCGAGCGCUAUCGAGCGACGCUGCGGGACAUGGGCGUGGAGCAAGGGGAUCGCUCGGCAGCAGGAGGCUCUGCUAGCAUCCCCUCGAGAUGA